AUGCUCCUCUACCGCAGCGCCGCGUGGUUCGCCAAGGGGCUGCGCGAAUACACCAAGACUGGCUAUGAGUCUGCAUCCAAGGACUUUGUCCCUGAUGACUUGGAGGUCCAAGUUCCCGGAAGAGCCUUCAUGGUCACCGGGGGGAACAGCGGUAUCGGAAAAGCGACCGCCAUGGAGAUUGCCAAGCGAGGUGGCACAGUUCACCUGGUUUGUCGCGAUCACAGCCGAGCGGAAGGUGCCAGAGCUGAGAUCAUCCGGGAGAGCGGGAACCAGAACAUCUUCCUGCAUAUUGUGGACCUUUCUGUUCCCAAGUCAAUCUGGAAAUUUGUUGAAAAUUUCAAGCAGGAACAUACCCUCAAUGUCUUGAUCAAUAAUGCAGGUUGCAUGGUCAAUAAGAGAGAGCUCACGGAAGACGGACUUGAAAAAAACUUUGCUACCAACACUCUGGGUGUGUAUGUUCUCACGACCGCCCUGAUCCCCGUCUUGGAGAAAGAAGACGACCCCAGAGUGAUAACAGUGUCCUCUGGAGGAAUGCUGGUUCAGAAACUGAACAUCGAUGACCUGCAGUCAGAAAGGACAGCGUUCGACGGCACCAUGGUUUAUGCGCAGAACAAAAGGCAGCAGGUGGUUCUGACAGAGCAGUGGGCCCGAGCGCACCCGGCCAUCCACUUCUCAUGCAUGCAUCCCGGCUGGGUCGACACCCCAGGCGUGCGGCUGUCGAUGCCCGGCUUCCACGCCAGGCUGGGGGCCAGGCUGCGCUCCGAGGCCCAGGGCGCUGACACCGUGCUGUGGCUGGCCCUCGCCCCCGCUGCCACCGCCCAGCCCAGCGGCUGCUUCUUCCAAGACCGGAAACCGGCGCCCACACACUUGCCUCUUGCGAGGACGUCGUCCUCACCGGCCGAAGAGGAGAAACUCGUUGGGAUCUUGGAAGAGCUGGCUCGGAGAUUUAAAUAG